GUGAGCUGUGAUUGGUCACAGCUUGUCACAUGGUACAAGGCUGUUGUAAAUAGCCUUGUACCAUGUGACCUCUGUGAUCAUUCACAGAUUUCACUAGUAGUAAGCAAUGAUGUCAGAAGUGACAUCUUGCUUUCUACUAUUGAUGUGAUCACUGAUUGACCAAUCAGUGAUCACAUGAUCGGGACCUCGCAGCGGAUCGCGAUGCUGCUCACUCCUAGGGAGCUCGCACAAGCAGGGAAGUGUAGUUGUAAACCCUUAGGCUGGCCAUACAUUAUACAAUUUUCUUGAUAUUUUUGGUUUAGAUUUAUCAAAAACCAUAUAAUAGGAGGUCAAACCUAA